UCGCCAAUGACGUCACAAACAUGCGACACAGGACCCUUUAAACUCACAUGUAAAGUUUUGUGUGGCCACAGACUGUUGACGCAUGUUUUUUUAAAAAACAAAAUUUAUUUACAUUUGCAAAUUUUGUUAAUAAAAUAUGAGUUCUCAAAUUACUUGUGUCGCCUGGGUGAAGCGAGGCGCUGCGAAGGAAACCCCGGAUAAAGUCGAGUUGAGCCAAGAGGAGCUGCAACGCAUCAUCAAUGAGGCAAAGGAGGAGCUCGGGGAGCAAGCAGCAGAUGAUGAUGAAGAAGAAGACGAGGAGGUUGAUGCUGGUAUUGUUGCUGAUCAGAGUGUGAACGAUAUAGUGGAUGCUGCCUUUGCUGAAAGGGAAGAAAACCAAGGAUUAGAUGAGGAGGAUGAGCUAGCGGAAUACGGCUUGGAUAAAUAUGAUGAAGAAGAUAUAGAAACAACCAACCUCGGCGAAAGCCUAGCAGGGCUUACAGUGUUCAGCUCGAAUGCAGAGGAUCCUUACAUAACGAUUAAAGAUACUGACCAGUAUGAGAGAGGUGACUUCCAGAUUAAACCCACGGACAACCUCAUCCUGGCUGGCAGGGCGGAGAAGGACUGCUGCAACCUGGAGAUUUACAUUUAUAAUGCCGAGGAGGACUCUCUGUAUGUGCACCAUGACAUUCUGCUGCCGGCUUACCCUCUCAGCAUCGAAUGGCUCAACUUCGAUCCAAACCCGGGAGAAUCGUCAUGUAACUACGCUGCUGUGGGCAACAUGACGCCACAGAUUGACGUGUGGGACCUGGACGUGGUGGACUGUUUGGAGCCCGCCUUCACGCUGGGCAGCAAAAAGGCGGGGAAGAAGAAAAAAAAGGGCAAGAAGGGUGCAGCGGCGGCCGCGGAACCCGUGGAGGGACACACGGAUGCUGUACUGGAUUUAUCCUGGAACAUACUGGUCAGGAACGUCUUAGCCAGUGCAUCAGCAGACGACACGGUCAUACUGUGGGAUCUAUCUCAAGGCAAACCAGCCACCACCCUCCGCAGACACACUGAUAAAGUCCAAACGCUCGCUUUCCACCCCUUUGAGGCGCAGACUCUUCUUUCCGGAUCCUACGACAAGACAGCGCUGCUGUACGACUGCCGCAGCCCGGACAGCAGUUACCGCACGUGGAGAUUCAGCGGUCAAGUCGAGCGUGUUGCGUGGAACCAUUUUUCGCCGUGUAACUUCCUGGCCAGCACGGAUGACGGCUUUGUCUACUGUCUGGACGCUCGCUCUGAUAAACCCGUUUUCACACUCAAGGCGCAUGAUGAGGAAGUGUCAGGUUUGUCUCUCAGCAGCCAGAUUAAAGGAUGCUUGGUCACGUCAUCGGCAGACAAACAUGUUAAGAUUUGGGACAUUUUAGGCGACAAACCCAAAGUGGUGCAUUCCAGAGACAUGAAAAUGGGUGUGCUGUUCUGCGCGUCAUGCUGCCCUGAUCGACCCUUCACUUACGCCUUCGGAGGACAAAAAGAGGGCUUACGAGUUUGGGAUAUAAGUGACUCUGCAGCUGUGGCUGAGGUGUUUGGGAGUCGUGAGCGCUUGGUGGUGAACGCAGGAUCACACGCCGCCGCAGCACGAAUGGACACCUCGUAGUAACGAAACCACAGCUUGGAAAUGUAAAUAAAUAGUUUCCCUCACAGUGACGUCUGUUCACGAUGAAAUGAGCAUGACUUCACUCAAAGAAGGUUAAUUGGAGACUCUAAAUUGUCCUUAGGUAUGAAUCUCACCCAAAGUCAACUGGAAUAGAUAAUCAAUUAAUUUGUACAAAUGUGUACAUGUAACUAAUAUUGCAUACAUAGGAGAUAAUGUUGAAUAUCCAGUUUACAUAAAAAACCUGGUUUAAAUAUAUAAACUUUGUAUUUGGUUGAUAUUUUUUGUUAUGAAUAUUUACCUUUUUUCCUUUACAUGUUUAAAAUUUAUAAGAAUAACACUGACUUUAGCCCAUUUCUUCUUCUUUUUUUUAAUUACAUCCUUCCAGGGAUUAAUACCUAAACCAGGAUUUACUAAAACGGCUUUCUCAGAUUUGUCCUAGUCUUGAGUUGCAUAAUCUCCUGUCUUGUAGGCAGACUAGACCAGGUCUAAAUCAAGACUUAAAUUAAACUUGGACAGAGGCAGCUUUAACUUGAGCAUGGCAAAGGAAGCCAAAAAACAUGACACACUUACAAAGACAUCUUUGCUUUGUAGCACUUUUUAUAAACUAAUGUGUCAAGUGUUUCACUGGUGAUAGCAUCUGUGUUAUUCUGCUUCUUAGCUUUUGUGUUUUUCUGUAUUAUGGUUCAUUAGGAAAAUUCACAACAGAUGGUAGAUUUCUUAAUAAAUGGUUG